CCGUCUUUGAUUUCUUCUACUAUUAAAUUUCAACAAUCAAUGAGAUUAUUCAAGGUAAUAAUCAAUAUAUAUUUAUACUUUUGUAUUUUUAUUAAUAAUUUUUGAUUAAUAGUUAGUUCAAAAGAAUCACUUAUCUAAUGAAAUCUUCAUACGAGCUAAUGCUAUUCUUCACAAACUUCUUCUUUCAAUAUGUACAAAUGAAAUAGAUGAAUCAAUUCUUAUUGCUUGUUUAUCGUUGGCAACAAAACUAAAUGAACAUUCUACUCAUUUGAACAUAACACUUUUCAAUAGUAAUUCAUUAUUAACGAAUGAAAACUUGAUAUGCAAUACACUUGAUUGGGAUAUUGAUAUAAUAACACCGAUCAACUAUGUUGAAGCAAUUCUAUUACAUGUGCUGAAUUAUUCCAUUCGAGAUCGUCUUCGACAAUUAACUUAUGAAUUGAUUGUGUUAUGUUUAACUGGUAAGACCAUUUUUUUAUAUGAUUGA